CUACGUCCCACACCCCCCCCACAAAAUAAAAAAGGAAAAAAAAAAAGGGAAAGAAAUUAAGAAAUGUUGAAGCCCUUGUUACGAGCACAAAACAACUCCCCCUCUCUCUUCUUCAUCUCAUCCCUCAAUCCAAUAAUCAACCCAACCACAAUCCCGAAACCGCGACAUGCGCAAUCGCAGUCGUGCCAAAGCCGCCGUCGAGAGGCGACUCCGAGGGCUCUCCGGGUGCGUUGCGAGGCUGCGAAUGAGGCGGCGGCGAGAUCUGCGGCAGCAGCAACGGCUACGAAGAGCCCCGCGAAGGUGAAGGCAGUCGUGACGGUGCAGUCGACCGUCAGCAGAGCCCUUUCAGACCUCAGCGUUGCCCGCGGCCUCGACGACGUCACCGACUUGCUGGGGAAGACCCUCCUCUUAGAGCUUGUGAGCUCCGAGCUCGAUCCAAGAACAGGAUUGGAGAAGGAGACCAUAGCGGGCUACACUAACAAAGCAAGCAAGCAUUGCGACAAAGUCAAGUACGAAGGCGAGUUCUCAGUCCCUUCGACGUUCGGAGAAGUAGGCGCGGUGGUGGUAGAGAACGAGCACCUCAAGGAGAUGUAUCUCCACAACAUCGUGCUCACCCCUGCGGGCGACAAUGCCACCUCCCUCACCAUCGAUUGUAGAUCGUGGGUGCACUCCAAAUUCGAUAACCCUGAGAAAAGGGUCUUCUUUACUAGCAAGUCCUACUUGCCUUCUCAAACCCCAUCAGGGCUCGAGAGGUUCAGAAAGAAAGAGCUGGCGAACAUACGAGGGGAUGGCACAGGGGAACGGAAGCCAUUCGAGAGGAUAUACGACUACGACACAUACAAUGAUCUCGGCGAUCCUGACAAAAGCGAGGAUCUGGCGAGGCCCGUCCUUGGCGGAAGCAAAGAGUUCCCUUAUCCGCGUCGAUGCCGCACCGGUCGCCCGAGAACCAAGAAAGACCCACUUUCUGAAGAACGAAGCAGCAGCAUAUACAUCCCGAGGGAUGAAUCCUUCUCCGAGGUUAAAGGAUUGACAUUCUCGGGGACGGCCUUUAGAUCUGUACUCAAUGUAGUGGUCCCGUCGAUCAAGACGGCUAUCAACGACACGAAGCUCAGUUUCCCCUACUUCACAGCCAUCGAUUCACUGUUCAAUGAGGGUGUCAAACUCCCUAAGCAAGAGGGUCUUAGCUUCUUCCGCACCAUAAUACCGCGGAUCAUCAAGACCCUCGAGGACAGCACCGACAAUGUUCUUCACUUUGAGACCCCAGAGAUGAUCGAUCGAGACAAGUUUGCAUGGCUCAGAGAUGAAGAGUUCUCAAGGCAAAUUCUAGCAGGAGUCAAUCCAUUUAGUAUUCAACUUGUCACAGAGUUUCCUUUUGUCAGCAAACUUGAUCCGGAGGUUUAUGGUCCAGCAGAAUCUGCUAUCACUGCAAAACUUAUAGAGAGAGAAAUUUUGGGUGUUAUGACUGUCGAGGAGGCCCUUAAGAAAAAGAGGUUGUUCAUACUGGACUACCACGACCAGGUACUACCAUAUGUGCAUAAGGUGCGCGAGCUGGAAGACAUGACUUUGUAUGCCUCCCGCACUGUCUUCUUUCUCACCAGUGAUGAGGCGUUGAUGCCGAUCGCCAUCGAACUCACCCGCCCAGCCUCCCAUACAAAGCCUCAAUGGCGGCAAGUCUUCACCCGCUGCUGGGACGCCACGGGUGCGUGGCUUUGGAGGCUUGCCAAAGUACACGUCUGCGCCACCGAUGCCUGCUACCACCAGUUUGUCAUCCACUGGCUAAGAACUCACUGCUGCACAGAGCCGUAUAUAAUCGCGGCGAACCGACAGCUAAGCGCGAUGCACCCGAUCUACCGCCUGCUGCACCCGCACUUCCGGUACACAAUGGAGAUCAACGCAAUGGCGCGGCAAUCCCUCAUCAGCGCCGGCAGCAUCAUGGAAACCUGCUUCAGCUUGGGGAAGUACUCCAUCGAGUUUAGCGCGAUCGCCUAUGGCCAGCUUUGGCGGUUCGACAUGGAGGCCCUGCCGGCCGACCUAAUCCGAAGGGGAAUGGCAGUGGAAGAUCCGACGGCGGAGCAUGGCCUAAGGCUAACGAUAAAAGACUACCCGUUUGCGAACGAUGGCCUAUUGAUAUGGUCUUCAAUCCAACAGUGGGUCGGCGAUUACGUCAACCGCUACUACCCGACGGCGUCCGACGUGAUGGCGGACCACGAGCUCCAAGCCUGGUGGGAGGAUGUGCGAACGAAGGGCCACGCCGACAAGAAGGACGAGCCGUGGUGGCCGACGGUGGCGUCGCCGUCAGAACUGACCCAAGUCCUCACAACCAUAAUCUGGGUGACCUCGGGCCACCAUGCCGCUGUCAACUUCGGGCUAUACCACUUCAGCGGAUACUUCCCCAACCGGCCAACCAUCACGCGAAAGGAAAUGCCGAUCGAGGACACGAGCCUCGAGGACUUCGUGCGGUUCUGGAGAAAACCAGAGGCAGCACUGCUGGAGUGCUUCCCAUCGCAGAUCCAGGCGACAGCCAUGAUGACCGUACUGGACGUGCUGUCGACGCACUCGCCGGACGAGGAGUACCUCGGGCAGGAGCCAGAGCCGGCCUGGACGGCCGACGCGGUGGUGAAUGCAGCGUUCGAGAGGUUCAACGGCAGGAUGAGGGAGAUCGAGGGGAUAAUCGACGCGCGAAACGCCGAUCCGAAGCUAAAGAACAGGUGCGGCGUGGGAAUAGUGCCGUAUGAGCUCUUGAAGCCUUUCUCAAAACCAGGAGUGACAGGGAUGGGUGUUCCAAAUAGCAUCACCAUUUGAACAAAAAAUAACAAACAAAUCAUGCACCCAAUUAAUGUUUUAGCGCAUGUAUUAAUUAAUGGUCGAGCUAUCACACUAGAUGAGUAAAUAAAAGAACAUUUGCGAGUUAGUCGAUAAAAAAAAACCUUCCAUUACGCAUACAA